AUGGCAACGCUUAACAAUAAGAACACCGAACAACUGCAAGAGCUCGUUACUUGUGCUAUAUGUUUAGAAUAUUACAAAGAUCCACGUAUUCUUCCUUGCUCUCAUACAUUUUGUUUUAAAUGUAUACAACAAUUGGUUGGAACUGGUACAGCAGCCUGUCCAUUCCGAGAUAAUACAACAAUUAAUCGAAAUGAUAUUGAUCAAUUACCAAUUAAUCGAAUAGCUAAAGACAUGGUAGAGUUUAUAACGAACUUUAAUCCAUCACUUAAAACAAAUGGCAACCCUUUAUGUGAUAACUGUAAUGAAAAGCCAGGUAUAAACUGGUGUGAAAAAUGUGCAUUUCAUUACUGUGAACCUUGUACAAAAUCCGUACAUUCGAUCAAAGCUUUACAAUCUCACACGAUCGUUCCAGUAUCCGACAAAACGCAUUCUAUUUGUUUGGAACAUUCCGAUGAAAAAUUUAAAUAUUGGUGUACACAGUGUCAUAUGCUUGUCUGUCGUGAUUGUUUAUUAUUUAAACAUAAAGAUCAUAAAUAUUUAUCACUGAAAGAUGCAGCAACGGAAAUAAAAGUAAAUCUCGAGAAAAAAACUCAAGAAAUAAAUGAAAUUAAACAAAAUUUAACGCAAUUUUCUACUACAGCAAAAGAUGCUAUUAGUCAACAAAAUCGAAAAAAGACUCAAGAAAGAAAUGAUAUCAAGCAAAUGUUCGAAAAUCUACAACGAAUAUUAGAAGAAAGAAAAUGUAUACUUAUCAAAGAGUUAGAAGAUGAAGAAAUACAAUCAAUAGAGAUAUUAAAUCAACAACAAAUUAAAAUAGAUCAACAUUUAAAUUUAAUUACUGUACAAGAACUUUGUAGUAGACAGAUACUGAAUUCAGAUGAUCCAAUACAAAUACUAAAAUUCAAAUCUGCUUUAUCUCAUAAUUAUAAUGAUUUUACUGAAGAAUAUAGAAAAAUAGAUGAAGGUUGUAUUAUAAUGAGACAUACAUUUAAAAGAAGUGAUGAAGACUUAGAAGCUGUUAAAGAUAUGAUUUCAAAACUUGGUAAUAUUCAUAGUGAAUUAUAUAGAAUAAACAAAUAUGGUGUCGCAGUCAAAAGUCAGUCGUUAGAUAUUUCUAAGCCUAAUAGCACCAACCAAUUCACUCAAAGAGGCCUCAACCAUGCUCAAGGGUACAAGUUUUCACUGAAAAAACCGUUUGUACUCCGUGCAAUUCGUAUACAAUCAAAUUACAAUGGAUCACAUAUAGGUUUCAUAGUCAACGAUGUUGGUUUGAUUAUUCAUCGUGGAACAGCUAAUUCUACCGACUCCACCCUGAAAUGGUUAAAUAUUCCAUUAGAGGGUGAUAUAAAAAAUGACUACACGGUGUUCGUUUGGGCACCAUCUGGUAAUGGUUCAUAUGCCUACGUAAACGGAGAUAACAAGUUUCGCGCAAUUCAUCAUAAUUGUUCAGUUCAGAGUAAAUGUAUUUUAACUGCAGUUCGAAUCAAUAUCGGUUGGGGAACUAAUAUCACUGACAGCACUUAUUCUAUUAAUAUGAUACUUGAUAUUAAAGAAUAA